AUGCUCGAAGCUCGGUUAAGAGAAGGCUUUGUGCGAAUGCGGCAGCUCAUGGAGUUGACAAGGCACGAAAUGCGCCUCAGAGCUCCCUUCAACCCGCUCCCCUACAGCGCCCUCAUCGCAGCCUGCGAGUCUUUCUUCGAGCACCUUGUCCAAGUGCGCCAGUCGAGUCUUUAUUUCCAACCCAACAUGGCCGCUUCCGACCCUGCAGCCAUCGCUUCACUGACUGUUCCCCGCCGUGACGCUGUCGCCGUCAUCCUCAUGAAUCUUUACGUCCUCGCCUGCGCUCUUAGGGCAGAUAAGCCCGUGCCGCGGUAUCUGCCCAGCGCAGCGAUUGCGAGGAGGAGAUUGUUGGACUGUAUGGCUGUCAUGGAGGCGGAGCAAGUCCGGCGGUCGGAGGUGGAUGGAAAGGGGAAGGGAGUUGAGGACGGGGGAAGGGAGAGGAUGGGGCAUGAAGAAGGCAAAGGCAGGAGGUGGGCGGAUGUGUAUCAGUAUGCCUUUUCGGGCGCUUUGACGGAUAUCGUGGAGAAUUUGCAGGAAAUGCAGAGGUAUACGAAGGAGGUUUGUGGGGAGGUCGGGUGGGAGAGUGACGAGUUGGUGGCAUGA